GAUUAUGAUUUAAGCCAGCUUCAGCAGCCAGAGAAUAUGGAUCAUGUUUUAAACAAGGCGAAUGGAGUCAGAAGAGUCGAUGAGAGGCCUGUCGGUGCUGAGCCACAAUAUCCUGUACGGCCUGUCAUCCCCCACCCUGGAGACAUCGGGGACUUUAUUAAUGAGGGCCUGAGAGCAGCCGAUAACGACCCCACAGCCCCUCCCUACGACUCCCUUCUCGUCUUUGACUAUGAAGGAAGUGGUUCAACAGCAGGGUCGGUAAGCUCACUUAACUCCUCAAGCUCCGGAGACCAAGAUUACGACUACCUGAAUGACUGGGGACCGAGGUUCAAGAAACUGGCGGACAUGUACGGGGGUGGCGAGGAUGAUUAAAAUGACCUCACUUUUCUUGUUUUGCAAAAAACAAAAGAGGAAAGCUUAAUAGCAUUUAGAAAGAAGAGGAUGGAGAGAGGAGAGAGAGAGAGAGAGAGAAAGCAACCCAAGGUGGAUGAAAGAAGAAGAAAGGAGUAAA